AUGGGCAAGCCACGAUUGAUUAUUCUGAUCCGACAUGGACAGUCGGAAGGGAACAAGAAUCGAGAAAUCCAUCAGUCAGUUCCUGACCACCGCAUCAAGCUUACCCCAGAAGGCCAUCGACAGGCAUUAGAAGCCGGCCGCAGACUACGUGAGAUGCUACGGCCGGAUGACAAAAUACACUUCUUCACAUCCCCAUAUCGACGCACUCGGGAAACCACAGAGGGAAUCCUCAAGUCUCUCACCUCAGACGACCCCUCGCCGUCGCCGUUCCCCCGCCAGGGCAUCCAGGUUUACGAAGAACCACGACUGAGGGAGCAGGACUUUGGCAAUUUCCAGCCAUGCUCCGACGAGAUGGAGCGCAUGUGGCAGGAACGCGCAGACUAUGGCCAUUUCUUCUAUCGCAUACCGAACGGCGAGUCUGCUGCGGACGCAUACGACCGAGUUAGCGGGUUCAACGAAUCGCUAUGGCGGCUAUUUGGAGACAACGACUUUGCUAGUGUCUGCGUGCUUGUUACCCAUGGCUUGAUGACUCGCAUCUUCCUGAUGAAAUGGUAUCAUUUCAGCGUCGAGUACUUCGAAGACCUACGGAAUAUCAACCACUGCGAGUUUGUGGUUAUGCAGAAGAACCCCGAUAAUGGGAAAUACAUACUACGGAAUAAGUUACGGACGUGGUCUGGGCUGAGAAAGGAGCGGGAAAAGGAGCGUGAGGCCACCAAUAUGCCGAUCAUGUCCCCUGUCAGUCCGAUGAGGAUAUGGGGUGGGUGUCCGGAUGGGUGUGACCAUGCGCGCCAUAGGUACCGAGCAGCGAAGGGGUCGUUGCACCAGAGCACGUCGACUACGGGGCUGACGGCUGGGAUCGAGAGGACAAGUAGCAUGGGGAAGGAGGUAGAGUUGGAUGAUAGAUACCAGGAUGAUGAGGAAGAGGAGGAGGAGGCGGCUUCAAGUGAAGAGCUUGAUAAGCCUUUGCUUCAAAUAAAACGUACCUCCGCAAAACAUCAAAAACACAAGCAUGGCGAAUUGACUCCCAGUCUAGAUAUACCAUAUCUCGGCGGUCGGGACGCUGGGGGUUCGAACAGUGGCAUUCCAACGCGCCGCACCACGCCGUCACUAGAGAAGGAUGAUGAUGCCGCUGCCCAAAACAAAAAUGUCGAAGACGUUGCCCGGCUGAACUCCACCUUAAGGCACAGUAGACAUAAUACCGAGUAUGAUAGAGACGACGACUACCCAGAUGAUGACGAAGGGGAAAUAGAAGACGAGCAAGCCAAGCUCAAGGAAAACAGUGUUCAGGGGAGUGUAUAUUAG